UCGUUGGUAGAGAUUGCUGGGGGUGCUUAGUGCAAACAUAUUAAUAAUUUCAAAAAUGUUCCUCUAAAAUUCAAGUCCAGGAAUUUGUUCCAUGUGUAUUCCGAUACAGUUUUCAAGGCAAAGGGUGUAGAGGUUGGAGAUAGGGAAUAUGAGUGCAAACAGCACCCUUUUGGACCGGAUUGUUUUCCAUCCUAUUUUGUGUGAGCUUUGGAAGCACUAUAUUGAAGGAGCAGCCUAUCACCUUGCUAGUUUCUUCCUCCUCCUGGGCUAUAUGGGAGGAAGUGGAACCUUUGGAUCUAUCUACAUCUUUGGCUUCUUGGCCAUUGGUUUCCUGUGCUCUGCCCUCUGGGGCUGGCUGGAUGCUUGUGGACUAGACAUCUUCAUUUGGAACGUACUUUUAGUUUUAAUCUGUUUGCUCCAGUUAACUCACUUAGUUUACCAUCUCCAUAAAGAUACCUUUUCUGAAGAAUUUGACCUGCUCUACAAGCAAGUUUGCCAGCCUCUGCAAGUGCCGCUCCAGAUCUACAAAGAAAUUGUCAAGUGCUGUGAGGAACAGGUCCUGCCAUUGGCCAGAGACCAGACCUAUGCUGUGGAGGGCAAGACAUCAAUUGAUCAUCUAUCGUAUUUGCUGUCUGGCAGGGUUAGAGUAAGCCAGGAUGGACAAUUUCUACAUUAUGUCUUCCCAUAUCAAUUUCUGGAUUCCCCAGAAUGGGAAUCACUGCGGCCUUCUGAAGAGGGAACAUUUCAGGUCACACUGACAGCAGAGACUGACUGCAACUUCAUUACUUGGCAAAGGAAGAAGCUCUUCUUGCUUCUGGCAAAGGACCGCUACAUUGCCCGCCUCUUCUCCAUCCUCCUUGGCUAUGAUAUCUCAGAGAAGCUGUACGCCCUGAAUGAAAAGCUCUUUGCUAAGUUUGGCUUGCGAUUUGACAUCCGUCUGCCCAGCCUUUACCAUGUCCUAGGGCCUGCGCCUUCAGGCACAGAGGUGGAGAAAGAGCCAGGGGAAUGUGGCGACGCUCCAAUGCCUUUAUCCCAGUCACCUACAUUUGCUCAGUCAGCUCUUGUGGCAUCUUGCACUCUUGCUCCUCCUGCCCAUCCCAGGAUACCUCGUCCUGACAGUGACCUGUCUGCUUCUGGAAGCCUCUUGAGAACUAAACAACAGGCCCUUGUAAAAGGACGAGCCCCUCUGGCUCCUACUCAAACCCCAGAACUCUAGAGAACAAUUCAGAAUCACCCAGACCCACUCAUGUCUGAUCAGAAUAAUUCUCAUUAGUUAUGUAGCCACACGGGCACAGUACACCUGAAAUACAUGUAUGAGACUGAAGUAUGACGGUGAGACGCUUCCUGCAGUUUAUUGAUUUGCAGUAGCAUCAGUUAUUCCAGAAUGUCUCUAUUCUUGCACACUU